GUGGUGCCGGGGACCUGGCACGGGUCAGAAGCCGCGGAGAACUAUGCAGCUUUUACUUGCAAAUCCCAGUAGGGAUUUCCAUAGGUGGUCCGUGUGCUGUUCUGAACAAAGCAAGGGAUCGCGUGGUGGUUGGUGGAAUAAUGCCUAAAACAUGUCAUGUCUCUGGCUCCUGAAAGAACUACAGCUGGAAUGCCGAGGCUGGAAGUGGAGGUCUCUGGAUUUGUCAGCCUUGCAGGCUUCUGGACACACCUCCUCUCAGCCAUGAGGAGAUCAGAAGGAUUUGAUAUCUGGGUGGUCACCUGCAGCAUCCUGCUCUUGUCCUGCAGCCUGCCAUGCCUCGCUCAGCCCCUGCAGGACAGGGAUGUGACCAAGGUCCAGCACGGCCCCUGGGCAGGGAAUGGGCUGGAAGAUGAGAGGACAGGCAUGGUGGACUUGAGAAACAGCCUGGGCCCUUCUGAGCAGCCAGUUUCUGAAGAGCCAUGUGCAGGGUCAGCAGAGCCAUCUGGGACAGCCCUGGAUGGAGCUUUCACUGCAGGAGGAGCAGCUGUCCCUGCCAGCCAGGGCCUGGGGGCUCUCCCCUCUGCUGGGACACUGCCUGGGGAGCCACAGCUGGAGCAGGAUGAAGCACUGGGGGCCAUGCUGACCACAGCUGUGACCACGCUGAUCCCCCCAGCCCAGGAGGAGUCUGGUGGCCCCACUGGUGAGGCCACAACCCAGGGUGGUGUGGCAGUGGAGCCCAGCUCUGCCAGCCCCUCAGCAAACCCCCUUUCUGGGAGCACUGAGGAGGAGGAGGAAGCAGAGAGCAGCUCCCAGCCCCCAGCUGUGCCCCAGCCCACGCUGAGCCCCAGCUGGGAAGCAGCAAGUGACCACCCUGCCAUCCCAACUGCCCAGGCUGCAGCUGUGACCUCUGAGCUGGAGCUGCUGAGAGCCCACACUGGGAGCCCUCUGAAAUCCCUGGCUCCACCAGCCUCUGUGGCUGCCAAACAUCCCCUCGUGGCCACUGAGGGCUCCCUUCACCCAGAAGCAGGGACAGGUGUGACACAAGAGCUGCCCACCACGGCUGGCACUGUCACCAUCCCCCCUGUGGACACUGUGCCACCUGACUGGGAUGACACAAAACUGGGGGACAUCAGCCAAGGGGGAAGCAUCCCUCAUGAGAGGGUGACAGAGAAGCUGGGGACAACAGAACCAUCCCAGACCACCCAGCAAGGCGUGGAGGAGGAGGAAGAGGAUGCCACAAGAGCAGUGCCCUCCCCAGUGUCCCCUCCAGCAGCACCUGAGCUUCCCAAGGAGAGCAACUGCACGGUGCCAGUGCAGGGGGAGGAGCUGCCAGCAGCUUCCACAGGCAGCAGUGAUGCUUCCCACACUGGGAACCUGCCAGAUGCACACACAGCUGAUCUUGGCUCACUGGAAAACAUAAGUGCAGUCACAGCAGAGGAGGACACAAGCAUCCCUCCAUCACAGCCAGAGGCUGCUGUGGUGACAGAUACCCAGCCUGAGCUCUCUCCUACUCUGGAGAGUUCAUGGAAAGGUGUGACUCAGGAGGUGACAACAGCUGCCCAGGAGGCUGAUGCUGCUCUGCCAGCUGUGGCAGAGGUGCCUGGUGCCACCCAGGGAGCAGGGGCUGCCAGCUUUCCUCAGGAGAACAGCGGGGAGGACACCCAGGUGCUGACAGCUCCCAGUGCCACCCAGCUGCUGGUGGCAGCUGGUGCCUCCUCCACAGUGAGCCCUGUGCAUGCAGAAGAUCUCACCGAUGGGAUCCUGGUCACCAGUGAGAAGGCUGUCCCAGCCCCUGGUGGGGUCACUUCUGGCCCAGCUGGACAGCCAGAGGAGCCAUCCAGCAGAACUGUGCUCCUGGUAACUCCAUCAUCAGUGGCCUCAGUGAGGAGAACAGCCCUUCCCUCCGAGAGGAGGGGCAGCACGGCCGUGACCUACGGGCUGGAGCGCCUGGAGUCAGAAGAGGGUGAGGAAGAGGAAGAGGAGGAGGAGGAAGAGGAGGAAGAAGAAGAGGAGGAAGAGGAAGAUGAGGAGGAUAAAGAGCUGGACCUGAUGGAUGAAAGCCUGGAGGGUGACACGGGGCUGCCAGGCUUCACUCUUCCAGGAGAGACCUCCCAGGAGCCCCUGGCUGGCCUGGAAAACCCAGUGGCCCAGCUGGCUGGGGUGUCCUACCAGGUUCCUGACACCAUUGAGUGGGAGCAGCAGAACCAGGGUCUGGUGAGAAGCUGGAUGGAGAAGCUGAAAGAUAAGGAAGGAGGCAAGUCUAGAGCCAGCCCUGCUCACAGCAGAGCCCCUUGGCCUGGGAUUCAUCCAGAGCAGAUGCUGGAAGGACAGAGAAUGGUUUUCCCAGCGAAGGCAGGAUACAUGUCGGGGAUGCUGGUUCCUGUGGGAGUUGGGAUUGCUGGAGCCCUGUUCAUCCUGGGAGCUCUCUACAGCAUAAAGAUCAUGAACCGCCGCCGGAGGAACGGCUCCAAGAGGCACAAAAGGAAGCAGAGGGAAUUUAACAGCAUGCAGGACCGAGUCAUGCUCUUGGCCGACAGCUCUGAAGAUGAAUUUUGAGUGGAACUGCAGUGCCCUUGGGAGAGCUGGUGACUUUUCAGAGGAGAGAGAGAGAGGAGGAGAAGAAGAACAAGCGACUUUUCUGCUGCACUGCUGCUCCCUGGGCUGCCCCGGGCAGGGGCGGUGUCCCCAGUGACAGUGACAAUGACAAUGACAAUGCUAUGCUCUACGUGUGCCACCGUGAUGUUUGUUUUGAUACAGUAGUGGAGAUCUGAGCCACAGCUGGAGCUGCUCCGUGUGGAUGAUUCUUUUCCUCUUGCCCUGGUGUACUCUUUUGGUCCUGGCUGGCAGUAAUCUAAUCAUAACAAUAGCUCUCACCCAUCCCAGGAAUGGAAAUCUUCUGUCCAAUUCAUUUUAAAUGUUACAUUACCUGAGCUAGAGUUCAUUAGUGCUAAGAUUAGCUGCUCUGCUUAAUUAAUGAGUUGUAAGCCUGAACUGUAUCCCUGGCUGCCCGAGAAGUGCCCGUGUACAGGGUUCUUGAUACAGUUUGAAGCACAUUUCUGCCCUUUCUCCUUCAGCUCUGCUCCACACUGCUUGGAGACACACAGGAAUGGCCUCAGCACUUGAUUCCACCACGAAAUUCCUUGUCCAUUUUCAACCAGCACUGUCUGUUACAGCACAAUAAAUACCAGCGCUCACCUUC